AUGUCUCAAACUCAAAAAAAUAAUAAGAGUAAAUCAGUACCUACUUUAGAAAAACCCUCAAGUUUGAUCAAUGAAAAUGCUGAGGCCUUUAGAGAUGCCAUAGCAGAAGUAGCCCAAGAUGACAUUAUUGGAACCAACAUUCAAGAAAGAAAAAAAGAAAAAGACUCUACCAACCAAUUAUUAGAUAACCUCAUACAAAGAAUGCAACAAAUAUUAACUACUACCCUUGCUGCAAAAGCUGAAAUCAAUACCCAACCUGCCUGA